UUUUGCUUUUGAGGUAGCCCUAGCCCGUUUGUAGUUAAUUAUGGCAAAUUCCUAUGGUUUAUUUACUUAUUAUAUGCAAUUCAUACUUACAAGAUUCGUAUUUAUAUAAAAGAAGCGGAUUAAUAUUUUACAGUCAUGGAAAACGUAAAUUUUAGUGAGAAAGUAGAAAAUUAUUUUUCGGAAUUGGGUCGAUGGAAAGUGUGGCGCUGCAUAAUAUUGGGUCAACUAUUGUCUCUACUGCUAAGUGGCAAAUGUAUUCUUACUACUCUACUUCAAAGUGCUACUUGGCAAUUUCCUACUACUGGCCAGCUUAUUGUACCCUAUUUAAUACUUUUUAUUUUAUUUACACCAUCUCUACUAUGCACUGGACCUAAAAAAAUAUUACAAAAGUGGUGGCUAGUUCUCAUAGCAUGUACUUUAGAUGUAGAAGCAAGUUGGCUUCUAGUGCUAUCACAGCGUUUUACAUCAGUACUUAGCUGACAACUGUUAGCAUGUAGUGGAGUUGGAGCUGCACUAGUAGGUGGAGCUUGGAGAGGUCAAAGGUUGGGUGUGGCUCAUGUAGCAGGUGCUACCUUAGGUCUCAUGGCAGUUGUGUGUGUUGUGUGGGCUGAUGUUGAGGGUGCUCCUACUGAUGGUAAAAAUCAACUAGUAGGAGAUAUGCUCUGUUUAGGAGGUUCACUCCUUUAUGCAGUAAUGACUGUGCUGCAAGAAAUCAUGCUCCAAACACAUUCAUGUGCAGAGUACCUGGCUCUGCUGGGUUUUAUUGGCAGUGUCCUAUCUUGCACUCAAACAUUUUUCUUGGAUUUUGGAGAAGUAUUAACAUUCAAUUGGUAUGAACUUGAAACAAUUGUGCAGCUUGGAAGUUACUGCGGGGUGCAGACAAUAUUUCAAAUAUUACAAAGUUUUAUGCUGCGUGACUCUGGCUCUAUUAUACUGCAUCUGUCAUUUCUCUCUGCAGAUUACUACACUCUUAUUGCUGGAAUGUACAUAUUUCAAUUUAAGUUUCACGCUUUGUACUUCCUGUCCUACCUGUUGGCCAUGGUGGGCGUGUUCCUGUUCAGUUCACGACCCACGAGUCCGCCGCCGGCGCCCAUACUUCCACAACUCAUCCAUGAUUCUGUGCAGUCGCAGGAUAAUGUCUCCAUGGAGUUCACAGUGCCCACUCUGGACUGCAUUCCCCUUUCAGAGGGACUCGAACCCCCCAUGAGUAGAGAUACAACAUUUACAUCAUUCCUUGGAGGGCCGCAGACAAACUUAUCUAAUGUUCCAAAUGGUAAUGUCACUAUUGGACACUCAAAUGGUAUAAACAAUACUAAAGAACCAACUCAAAAUUAACGUAUUGAAUUGAAUAUCUCAUAGCUUCUUAACAUUUGUAUUAUUAGUUUAAGAAUAAUUAAGUUCAUAUUUUAGGACCAAAGCAAGUAACCGCCUCAAAUAUAUUGUUUUUGAAUUAUAAUUUCAUUUUAUUCUAGAAUCAAAUUAUAAUUUGACUAGACAUAUUUAUUUACAGUUGAUUACGCUUAAUAGUUAUAAUAUAAUUAGCUAAAAUAUUCUCAUUCAAGAAGGAAUUUGAUGAGUUAGUUUGCUAGAUUCAUUGUAUGUAUUUGUAAUAAAAUCUACCUAACUUUAAUUAUUAUUGUUCAGAACAGAUUGAAUGUUAAAACUCUUAGAUAAAUUUAUAAUUCUGUUAUAAAAUUGUCUGAAUAUAAAUUGUAUAUGUAAUUCUUAUUUUGUGCUUAAUAUUUAUUAUACUAAUAAUAAAUUAAUAGUAUCUUAAUAAAUCUAAAUAUAAAAAAUAGUGACAUUUAAUUUUAAAUGUUUGUAGAAGUAUAAAGUACUAGUUAAUAUAAAAUUUAGCGCACAGUAAAAUCUAUCAAAAAAAAAAAACAAUAUUGUUAUUGGAAUUAAAUUUUAACCGGAAAUAAACGAAUUGAAAAUUUAUAUAAACAUAAACUGCCAUAUACUCGAAUUUUUACUCAAUUUUAAUCAAUUAGAUUUAGUGAUGUUUGUAUGGAAUUUUAAUGUAGUUUCUACAUAGAUUUAAGUAAUAUUCUAUGAUAGAAUAUGUAAUAUUUUCUCGUGGUAUUUAAAAUAGGCACACUUUUUAAAACACCUAAGAUUGUUUUCAACAGCCAUGUUCAAGAGCUGCAUUUACAUUUCUAUGAAACAUAUUUAAGUAUAAAAUAGUGUGUAAUUUUAAAGAUAAUAUGUAGGUAAAUUAGAACGCUUCAUACAUUUAUUUUAUUUAACCAAAGAUUUAACAAUAUGUGUCUUCAAUUAAAUCAAUGAAUAUUUUAUUUUCUUAGAUUCAAAUGAUUUAAAAUGAAUUAAACUAUUACAUGCUGUGAUUUAUUUGAUAUUAAGAGAUUAUUGUGAUGUUAUAUUUUAAAGAUAUUAUUCAAAUUGAGUUAUAUAAUUAAUUGUUUACUGUAAUCGCUUGUCUAAUAUAAGAUUUAUGUAUAACGCUCAAUUACUAAAAGUAAGAUUUUAAUAUGCAAUUUAAAUAUUUAGUCCAUUAGUUGAAAUAUUGAUUAACUAAAAACGAUAAAAUGGAUUUGAAUAUUUUUAUUUCUUAUAUAAAAAAAAAAGUAUGCAUGCAUAGCUAUGGGCAAUUUACUCUGGGUACCAAUCACUUAUUACUUAUCUACUGUCAAACAGCCUUACUUUGUAUUGCUAUUUCGGUGUGAUAAGUGAGUGAGCCAGUGUAAUUAUAGUGGAUAAUAUUACAGUGGCAAUGAUUACCAGUUUAUCUUCAUAAAUAUUUGCAUAAUAUUUGAAAUUGACCUCUAUUGACUUUUAUUUUGUUCUUGAACAACAAGACGCAGCUGUAUAUAAUGUGAAUGUAAGUCCUUGUUAUAUAAAUGCUACUGUUAUCUAAUUGCCUCUUUUUAGUUUUAAAUCUAAAGCCAUUUACAUCAUCAUGAUUGCACAUAACAAAUUUGGUAUCUAUAAAUAAAUAGGUUCAGAUUAAUUGAUAAUAUAUAGUAACAUAUUAUUUUAAAUAAUUUAUAUUAAACAAUAACACCAAUAUAUUAAUGAGAAUUUAUCCAUAAUUGUUUCUGCAUGUCAAAAAUUUGUCUCACUAUAUACUUAUAGA